AUGGCCCGACUAAACGAGACGAGCAAGGAUGCCCACGACCAGGGUGCUCAGAACGACACACAAACCAUUCCAGCAGAGUCGCACCUUGAGUACGGCGACUUUGAGAAUGACGACGACCUCACCGAAGCGGAGAAGGCGACUAUUAGACAGAAGCUCGCCACCCGCAAGAGACAGGUCACUUUUGGCCGUGGAGACGGCCAAGGCAACAGCGAGGACGAGGGCAAUGACGUCAACGCCGCUGAACGCCGACGACAGUCUUGUAGACAGUCUCUUAAGAAAGCC